UGCCCGGGAGCGCGCGGCUUCGACUCCUGGGGGCCUGUCGCCGACCGGACGGCGACGAGUCGCCAAUGGCAGGCGCGAGCGCCUUCGGUUCCCGCGGCUCCCCUCGGUGGUGGGGGCGGCGAGGCAGCGGCGGUCAGACUCACGGUCGUCACCUCCAGCGUCGCCGUCCUUACGGCGACGUGAUGGUCCCUUGGUUUUGUGGCUCGAGUCUUUUUUGAAGUGGGACUAACAUGCAACCAGAGACAUUCAUUCUACCAUCGGUCUCGCCGUUAUCUCGGGCGCUGUCGCUCAGCCAGUCGCCAUGGACAUUUCUCUGGAAUAUUCGAUAGUUCUCUGGGCGAGCAUCGUGCUCAUGAUGCUUCUACCUGGAGCUUACGCACUCCAAACGCUCGUGACUCGGCUGAGCGGCCUCUACCUCCGUCGGAUCGAGACGGCCUCCAGGCUUGAGGUUUUCAGGAAGCUCUGCCCGCUGACGAAGUUAGAAGACUGCAUGGCACACUCGUCUGAGGAAUGCUCGAUAUGCAUGGGCGAGAUCACUUCCGAUGCCGCUGGUGGCGAGUCUCUGCGCCAGCUGCCAUGCUGUCACGUGUUCCACUCAAGUUGUGUUGACGUUUGGAUCGCCGCGGGUAAGCCGUGUCCGAUGUGUCGCAAGUGCCCUCUUGCUUUUGAUAUUGCAGAGGCUGCUGUGACAGCUGUGUAAGCAUUCGGCGAUCUGCUCGAGCUCUGACAUCGAAAGUCCAUAGGGUACAGCGGUGGACUGGAAGCGUGAUGUCAGACGGGGGGGCGUCUCCAACCCACCAAGUCUCCCCAACCCAACCCGAAGGCUUCAAUCUGCCCUCCAUUUCCAGUUGGGGAGGGGGGUCGUCUCGUUGGGCCCCCUAGGUUUAAGUCGGG